AUGGGUUCAUGGGCAACCUUUGUCGUGUUGCUGAUCGUUGUUGCGACAAGCGCAGUGGAUGGCAGGGAUCUGCCGGCGCGGCGUCGCUUAACCCAGACCGGUGCCACAGCCGUCUUCAUCGAUGAGAUCCACUGGGACAACUUGGCGCUCGAUUUUGGCGAAGCCAUUGAGAUUUUUGGGCCCCUGGGGCUGAACGUCAGCGGCUAUGUGGUCACCCGCUACAGUGCUCUGGGCCAGGCAUGCGUCACCGUUGAUUGCGCUGCGAAAGGAGGUCAAUUCACACUCCCUACAGGCACCACCCUCCUCGAUCCCGCAAAUACUGGG